CAGGGCGCGCCGCACCCGGAAGAGACGUGGCAGCGGAGGGAUAAUCGGGGCGGCCGGGGCUGAAGAGUGCGGAGCAAGAUCCUUGGAGAAAGUGGUCCCUGCCCUUCCUCGCCUCGAAGCAUCGCUGCCGCCCUUCGGACCGGUGCAGCGGCCGAUCAGUAAACACAGAGACUGGGGAUCGAUCAUGGGGCUUUGUAAGUGCCCCAAGAGAAAGGUGACCAACCUGUUCUGCUUCGAACACCGAGUCAACGUCUGCGAGCACUGCCUGGUAGCCAAUCACGCCAAGUGCAUCGUCCAGUCCUACCUGCAGUGGCUCCAAGAUAGCGACUACAACCCCAAUUGCCGCCUGUGCAACAUACCCCUGGCCAGCCGAGAGACGACCCGCCUUGUCUGCUAUGGUGAGGCCUUGGCACCUCGGGGGGAUCAGGCCAGCCUCAGGGGCCAGCUUGGUGACUGGUUUCCAGGCCCUCCUCAAGCAGCAGGACAAUCUCUUUCACUGGGCCUGCCUCAAUGAACGUGCUGCCCAGCUACCCCGAAACACAGCACCUGCCGGCUACCAGUGCCCCAGCUGCAAUGGCCCCAUCUUCCCCCCAACCAACCUGGCUGGCCCCGUGGCCUCCGCACUGAGAGAGAAGCUGGCCACGGUCAACUGGGCCCGGGCAGGACUGGGCCUCCCUCUGAUCGAUGAGGUGGUGAGCCCAGAGCCCGAGCCCCUCAACACGUCUGACUUCUCUGACUGGUCUAGCUUUAAUGCCAGCAGUACCCCUGGACCAGAGGAGGUAGACAGCGCCUCUGCUGCCCCAGCCUUCUACAGCCAGGCACCCCGGCCCCCAGCUUCCCCAGGCCGGCCCGAGCAGCACACAGUGAUCCACAUGGGCAAUCCUGAGCCCUUGACUCAUGCCCCUAGGAAGGUGUAUGAUACGCGGGAUGAUGACCGGACACCAGGCCUCCACGGAGACUGUGACGAUGACAAGUACCGACGCCGGCCUGCCUUGGGUUGGCUGGCCCAGCUGCUAAGGAGCCGGGCCGGGUCUCGGAAGCGACCGCUGACCCUGCUCCAGCGAGCGGGCCUGCUGCUACUCCUGGGACUGCUGGGCUUCCUGGCCCUCCUUGCCCUCAUGUCUCGCCUAGGCCGGGCCGCAGCAGACAGCGACCCCAACCUGGACCCACUCAUGAACCCUCACAUCCGUGUGGGCCCCUCCUGAGCCCCCUUGCUUGUGGCUAGGCCAGCCUAGGACUUGGGUCCUGUGGAGGAGAGGCGAGGUAAUGGGGAGGCUGGGGGCACCUCUUCACUGCCCCUCUCUGUCAAGCCUAAGACACUAAGACCCCGGACCCAAAGCCGAGUCCACCAGAGUGAUUGCAGGCCGGGCCUGGAGUCCCCGCGGGUCAAGCAUUUGUCUUGACUUGCUUUCCUCCCGGGUCUCCAGCCUCCCACCCCUCGCCCCAUGAAGGAGCUGGCAGGUGGAAAUAAACAACUUUAUUAAAA